AGAAUGUGAAGGAAGUGGGAUCAGAGCCUAGUCACCUGCCCACCUGGUGUCUUGGGCUCCUCUUCAGGCUAGUUUCUGCCACAGCCUCUUCAUCUGCCUGGCCCGAGGAACAGAGGACUUUAUUUGCAUAAGGAAAGGUCCAGAUGGCUGUAAGAACUAGUUGGGAUGAAGUUAGGUUCUGUCAACACCUGGGGCUCCUGCCCCUUUGGGAAAAAGGUGUGGGAGGGUGGAGCUGACAAAUAAAAAGGCAGCCUUCCUGAGGAAGCAGUUGGUGCAUCUACAAGGGUCCCACAAUGCCUGGGAUGAUUUGGCUAUCUCACCCGCUAGUGGUGUUACUCCUGGUGGCCCUGCUAGGGGCUGUCUUGCUGGGGGCCACCGUGCUCUUCUGGCGACAGGCUCCAGCACGAAGCAAGAUCCCCAGGGCACAGAAGCGUAGGGAGGAGGCUCUGAGGCGGAUGGCAGCCCUGGCAGAACGUCUCCGGCAGCAGGAGCCAGAACUGGACCCCAAGCCCAUUCUGGAGCUGCCGUUGGAGAAGCUGGUUCAGAAGAUGCUUGCUGAUGAACUGAGUUUGGAGAGUGUCCUCUGCAGCUACCUAGAGGAGGCACUGAAGGCACACCAGGAGGUGAAUUGCCUGACGGAUUUCCUAGAUGAAUGUGAGGAUCAAUUGCAGGCAUUGAAGAAACUCAAGAAGAGUGAGCGAGGACUCCUCUAUGGGGUCCCCAUCAGUCUCAAGGACACCUAUGACUGCAUGGGCCAUGACUCUUCGUGUGGCCUGGCCCAGUUCCUGGAGAAGCCGGCAGCCAAGGACGGAGUCAUUGUGAAAGUGUUAAAGGCUCAGGGAGCUAUUCCCUUUGUUAAGACCAACAUCUCCCAGACGCUGCAAAGCUUUGAUUGCAGCAACCCCAUCUAUGGACAGACUCUGAACCCUCAGAACUUAAAGAAGACGCCUGGGGGCUCCUCAGGGGGUGAAGGAGCUCUCCUGGCAGAAGGGGGUUCCAUCUUGGGCAUGGGUACCGACACGGGAGGCAGUAUCCGUAUUCCAGCCAGCUUUUGUGGUGUCUGUGGUAUCCGGGUCACAGGAUACCGUCUCAGCUACUCUGGAGUUGCCUCUGCUGUCAAGGGCAAGAAAGCAGGGAUCACAGUGGCUGGCCCCUUGGCCAGGGACGUGGAGAGCCUGGCACUGUGCCUGCGAGCGCUGCUGAGUGAACACAUGCACCGACUGGACCCCACCACACCCUUCCUGCCCUUCAGGGAGCAGGUGUACUCCAGUAACCGUCCCCUUCGAAUUGGCUACUAUGAAUCAGAUGGCUUCACCCAGCCAUCACCUAGCAUGGCCAGGGCUGUGAAACUCACAUCCAGGCUGCUCCGGGAUGCUGGACACCAGGUCAUCCCCUUCUCUGUCCCCCGAACAGAGUAUGCCUUCUUUCACCUGUACCUAGGGACUCUGUUUGCUGAUGGAGGGGCCACCCUUCUGGAGAAACUUCAGGGGGACAUUGUGGACCCCUCCAUGAAGAACACAGUCAACUCUCUCAGGUUGCCAGACUCACUCAAACGUUUCUUGGCCUGGAUCUGGAAGUAUAUCGAGCCCCGGGUUAGCCAGACUUUCGAAAUGUGGUGUGGAGUAGGGACACCCAAGAAACUGUGGGAGCUGCACAAAGCAGUGGAGGAAUAUCAGCAAGAGUUCAUAGCCAAGUGGAGGUCCCUGGACCUGGAUGUGCUGCUGUCUCCAGCUCUGGACCCCGCCUUCUAUAUUGGCUAUCCUGCCAAGGCAAACACAAGCAUCUCCUACUUGGCCCUUUACAACCUCCUGAACUUCCCUGCCGGCGUGGUGCCCGUCACCACUGUGACGCCACAGGAUGAGAAGGAACUGGCCUUCUAUAAAGGCUACUACAGAGAUAGCUCCGACAAAAAUUUCCUGGAGGCGGUGAGAGGAUCUGUGGGGCUUUCGGUGGCUGUGCAGUGUAUCGCUUUGCCAUGGGAAGAGGAACUGUGUCUCCGGUUUAUGAAGGAGGUGGAGACCUUGGUCAAGGACCAGAUGGAACCCAAGUGACAAGACACUCCUUCUCCUGGAGGUCUUUCUACAUCCUCAUCCAAGUCUGCUCUCAAUGUUCCUUCCUUCUCAGGAAUACCAGAUCCGCCUCAUUUCUCCUCCUCCUGGAAGCCCACCAGAAGUUUUCUUUGUUGUCCCUCUGUGUGGCUGCUGAGUACACAGACUUCCCAGAUGAUCCCAGCAUGGGGAGCAGGGUGAAGGGUUCAAUAAACAUUUUGACCGGCUGGCUUCAUGAUCUCUGGUCUAGAUGGGGAGGUAGGGCUGUAGACUUCCUGUGGCCUUCUACUUCCAGCUGCUCUCCUCCAGUUCAGCUUCUGAGAUGCUAUCCCAGACUGCAGUAGAGGGGAGAAGGCCCCAAGCUGAGAGCUUGGAGACCUGGUCCAAAUCUUGGCUCUGCCACUGGCUUGGUGUGUGAUGCUAGGCAAGUUACUUCCCCUCUCUGGACCUCAGUCUUACCAUCUACAAAUUGAGGGGGUUAGAUUUGAUAUAGUCUGUGUUACUUGCCAGUACUUGACUAUUAUGGGAGAGGUGAUUCCUAGGCACUUUUCUAAUCAAGAACUUGCCAUGGCCCCCAUUUUCUAGAGAAAGUUCCAUAGAGCAAGGCCAUGGGAGUGAAAUCAAGUCAGAACACAGCCUGUGUUGGGAGUCAGUCCCCCACUCACAGUCCAGAGCUUUGCCCACGAGCUGCUAAAUUUUCCGAGGACCUCUACAGCCUCUUCUGGCAUGCUCCACCACGGCGUAACCUCCCUCCUUUCUCUCAAACUGGAGCCCUCUUGCCAGCACAACGUAUGCCUGUGCCUCUGUCCAUACUGUUCUCCUCAACUAAACAUCAUCACUGUCUUCACUGCCCUUCAAGUCCUGUGUCAAAUGUCACUUCCUCCAGGAAGCCUUCUUUGAGCCCUCAAUCUCCUCUAUGCUUUUCCGUUCACCUGAACUCUCUUGAGGUUCUCCCCCCCAAAAACUUCCCCUUCCUCUAUCCCAUUCCUCUUUGUAGCCCUACUUCCAAUCAACUAGGCAAACUUAUGAACUCAUUCCUCCCUGUGCUUGAUAGCCCAGAACUCCUGG